AUGCCGUACUACCGAGCAGCCUGCGAUGCUGUCACCGACGGACUGCUGUCCGCUUCUGCCUCUAUCGUCACCUCUGCCCAGUGUGUGCUGGAUCGACUAAAGGACGCUGCGUACGACGGCCUGGCGGCCGCUAUACAGGCGCUUUUGCCUCGGCAGCCACGAUGGCGCCUGCCGCGACCAUCCUGGCGUCAGUCGCGACGGAGGCGGGCGAAUACAAACGUAGCUGUUGCGGCGGUCCGAUGGUUCGUUCAUAGGGGCCCGCAGUCGGAUCCAACAGCGGCGGCGGUGUUCCGGAGAUACGCACCAGAUCCACCCGAUCCAAAUCUCCAACCGCUGGUCUCGUGCCUGCCUUUGCUGGGCCCUUCCACCAGCCUCAGCAGGCUCAGUAUCGUCACUGCGUACGACAUCACAGAGGAGGAUCUCCACCUUGUGCGCAAGUCCUUUCCUCGUCUGACAGCGUUGGCGUUACAAUCCCACAAGGACGUCACCCUGGACUUCACACCCGUCGUGCUGACCUCCCUGGAUUGCCUGCUCACCGACGAGUCACCGGGAGUGGCCCCCGUGGCGGCGGAGCCGGCCCUUCCGUCAAUGCUGCCGUCAUCGCUGCCGCCGCCACCGUCAUUGCCGUUGAGGACCCUUGUCCUGAGCGGACUGCGCUGCGACUGGCAGCCGGGCGAGGGUGGUCUCGGAGCCCUAACCGGACUUCGUACACUUGUACUGCACAAAGUAGUGUGCCGUCUGCACCGACUUAUGCCGCAAAUUAAGGCGCUGACUCAGCUUACGCGCUUGGAGCUGCGGGGCCUGGACUAUCACCACUCACUUCCCCUGGACUCAACCGACGUGAAGCUCCUGGAGACCAAGAAUGACUUCCUUGAAGAGCUUGCGAUGCGGGCAGUGGGGCGGGCGGUUAGUGGCAUGGCGGACUUGCGGGCGCUGGUUUGCGAUGUGGAGUGCCCUGCGGGGCCGUUGGUGCACCCGGCGCGACCGACCAUGGGGCUCUCCCCGGAUCCCACUCCCCGGAGAAGCUUCAGUGGGCGGGAUCCCUGGGCCUUACUAUUAGAUGGCGUUACCAAGCUCCGAAAACUAGAAGAGCUGUGGCUGCCGUACAUGGUCCUGAACCGUCCCGCUCAGCUGGACGAGCUGGCGGCGGCGCUGACGGGACUGACGUCCUUGGAGCUCGCAGCGCUCCCGCCGCCGCCGCCGCCGCCGCCGAAGUCGCCAGAGCCGCCAUCGUCACCCCCGAUGUCAAUCGAAGAACUGCUGGAGCGCCGCCGACGCAUCGACAGCGCCAAGGCCGAAGUUUUGUGGAAUCUCUACAUCCCGUUGGGAGCUGUCGGCACCGCCGCUGCCGAUGGGAAUAUGUGUCGUACGGGUGCCGUACAAACGCGACAGUUAGGGAGGCAGCAGGGGGGGGCGGGGGGAAAGACGGGGCCGGCCUGCCAAGGCGCACUCAGCCGAGUGUCGGAUGUGGCCCUCGCGCUGAGCCAGGUCUGGAGCAACCUGGCUCGCAACCGUCAGCCUUCCGUCAACACCAGCCCGCGUGAUAACCAGCAGGGUAACCACCGUCAUUGCUGCCACCAGCACCACCGCCGCCAACACCGCCACGAUAACAGUGGCAACAAUGAGGGCGCAAACAACGACGUCGACAACAGGAACGAGAAUAUCAGGAAUAACGAGGAACGAGGAGGAAGCGCUGGCUUGCUUGCGGUACGACUUGGUUUUAAAGCUUGUUGCGGAUUUAGGAUAUUGGGGCUUCCUUUCCAGAAAAAACCGACACGCCUCUUACACCAACUUCCAACUUUCAACAACAACAACAACAAGAAUAAAAAUAACAACAACAAUUCGAUAAUCGGGGUGUUCAUGUGGUUCAUGUGGACUAUUUCCACCACAGCAGUGCCCUUGUACGGCAGCGGAGUGUUUCAACGCAAUGCCAAGUCUCGAGGAGUUGCGCGUAAAGGUGAUUGGCGAAAGAAACUGAGCAUGUGUGUUUCACGCCGGCCGGAGUACUUAACAGCGACACUGUUGCACACCGGAGUACUUAGUACGCAGCGUGACUGGGAACUGCGUGUCUGUUUGUAUGUGUUCAUGCCCGCUCGCCCCUUGCCGCCGGGGGCUACAGCGUACGACGAUGCCUGGCGGUCGUACAAGAGUGUCCGAGUGCCGCUGAGUUUCCUCAGAGCGCUUUCUCGCGCAUUGCGGGUCGUGGACUGCAAUUCCCUAGACGGCUGGUGCUCGCCAGACGGUGCCGUACACCCUCGCGAUGCGUUACGCCAGGCGCGGGCCACCCUGGCAGCUGAAGGCUCCCGUACACUGCUGGUUUCGGAGGCCGAGGAAUGGGCAGCGCGGGUCAUGGGCCUGGCUCCAGGCCUGGAGGCGACGUGGCGACGGGGGACCGGGUACACCACCACGAACGGCUGCAGCUACUACGGCGACGGCAUCGGGAGUGGCGCGCCCCUCUGCGUCCCGGACCUCAAGAUGCAUCCUCAGCUCACCAUCGCGGAUUCCACACCAACCGCCACAACCAUCAGCAAUAAUGAAACAUACACCGCUCAGCUCUGCCACACUCCGCAACUCCAGCCCAUCCAUGCCAACUGCUCCAGCAAGACUGCCCAUGUAUACAUCUUUAGAUUUGAUUUAACAUACGCUGUACAAGAGGUAAAUUUUGAAAACUUGGACCAAGCUCUUAAAACGUUUUAG